GACCAUACUUUUUUUUUUUUUUAAUACACUGGAGCAGACGUUGCCAGAGUUGAAGCCAUCCAUUUGUAGACAUUACUAGUUUUUAUAGACACUACUAGCUAUAAAUAGAUAGUACAUAUUAUGGGAGUAGUAGUUGAAGAUUGAAGCUAAACAUGUUCAGUUUGGAAGAUGAUGAUAUUGAGAGGAGUAGUUAGAAAGAGAUCAUUUGUGAGGUGCAUUUCAGGAUUCGCAGCUGUUUGGGGUAACGGCGAUUAUGGAAGGCUAGGGCAUGGGAAUGUUGAGUCGCGUUGGAGCCCUAAUCCUCUUCCUUCUUCUGCUUUCGACAAUCAAAGCCUCCGUCAGAUUGCCUGUGGCGGAGCUCAUACUCUCUUUCUUACAGAAAAUGGCCGUGUUUAUGCCAGUGGACUCAAUGAUUAUGGACAGCUAGGGGUGUCAGAUGACAGAGAUUAUAUAACUGAACCACUUGGAGUUGCUGGACUACCCAAAGAAAUUGUAGAAGUUUCAGCGGGUUAUCAUCAUUCUUCUGCAAUUACAGUGGAUGGAGAACUUUAUAUGUGGGGGAGGAACACAAAUGGUCAGUUGGGCCUUGGAAAGAAAGCUGCUACAGUACUGUCUAUACCCAAUAAAGUCGAAUGCUUGAAUGGAGUCACAAUCAAAACCAUUUCCUUAGGUUUUGAACAUUCAAUUGCUGUAACAGAUAAAGGUGAGACUUUGAGUUGGGGUGGGGGGCAAUCAGGAAGACUUGGUCAUGGACAUCAAUCGGGCAUUUUUGGACUCUUAAAAAGUGACAGUGAGUACACACCACGACUUAUUAAGGAACUUGAGGGGUUGAAGGUUAAGAAUGCGGCUGCUGGAAUGUUGCAUUCUGUCUGCAUCAGCGAAAAUGGAUCUGUACAUAUUUUUGGCGAAAGAGCAAAUAAGAAAUUGGGCUACAGUGAAGCAUCAAAUAAUUCUUUACCAUCUAUGGUAGAUGGACUUCCAUAUUCUGAAAAGGCUGCAUGUGGAGGCUAUCAUACUUGUGUUAUUACAGAUGGUGGAGAACUGUACGUGUGGGGCACAAAUGAAAAUGGAUGUCUUGGUAUUGGAUCUACAGAUGUUGCUCAUUCACCUUUAAGAGUUGAAGGACCAUUUUUAAGGCAUUCAGUUUCUGAGGUAUCCUGUGGUUGGAAGCAUACAGCAGCAAUUUCUGGAGGAAAUGUUUACACGUGGGGAUGGGGAGGCUCCCAUGGAACAUUUUCUGUAGACGGACAUUCUUCUGGCGGACAAUUGGGUCAAGCAAGUGAUGUUGAUUACGUUAAGCCUACAAAAAUCAACUUUCAUCGGCACGUAAAAGCAUUGCAAGUAUCAUGUGGGUUUAAUCAUACGGGUGCUAUAAUUGAAUACAGCUAGAUGGAAAAUCUGUUUCGUUAUUUUUGUGAGUGGAGACUAGAGAGCUUCUAACAGGGUGUUCAGCAUUAUGAGGAGUGAUUGCAAAUCUGCUUUCACAGAAAUAAGCAAGUCUAUCAUUCCAGCUAUAUACUCCACCGUGCAUGAUUAUAGGAUCUCUUGCUGUUUUGUCUUGAAGUUUGUCUCCUCUUACCAAUUUACCUAUAAUCUUUAUACUGGACCCGUUUGUACCCAUAUUGUACCUUAUAAAUCGUACAGUUGUAUCAAAUAAAAAUAUCUAUUGUACUA